GAAUAGAUUUCAGUUAAGCGAACUACGUAGACUGCAGACUAGAUUAGGAAACUUUAAAUUCUCACAGAGCUUGCGUUUUUGGUCAAAAUUUACGCGCUCCAACGCAAACAGCAAAAAACAUAGAAAAUGCUCGCGUCCAACGUCACAUAUUUCCGAUUCUUCUCUUUACGGUACACAAAAAUGUUUUGCAAGCAUAAAAUUAGCACCAAAUCUGUUUUUGGUCAAUAGCCUAAUUUAUCUUCUAUGUCACAGCGUCUGGUUUCGUGUGCGCAUAGUCAUGGCGAAACGGUUAAAAAUCUCACCUAAAAUAUGUUCUAUUUGUUUUACAGCAACAAAUUAUAAACAUGCACUAAUAACAAUAAUAAUGGCUUAGAUGGACGUAUAAAAGCUGACGCAAUUUUCGCACUCAACACAUUUGAGCACCCGACAACGCGGUCAACACUUGGAGCGACUUCGACAAUACUCAAUUCGCUUAUAGCCAAGCGCUUAAAACUGGCCCAAAUAUAUGUAAAUAUAUAAAAGAAAAAAAGCGUACAUACAAAUAUAUUAAGCAGGAAAACAAUGGAAGCCCACCAUGCCGUAUUAAGUGUACUUGUGACCCUUACGUCAAUUUGCCUUCUGAACCCAGAUAUUACUACCUACGCCGCUCCAACAGAGAUCGGCGACAGUCAAUGGAAGUUGAUAGAACGCAGCGGUUGGUGUGCACGUCCGCCAAAGGAUCGAGCAACUUUUGCAGGAGCCGCGCCGUUCAUCAUCAUACACCACUCCUAUAAGCCCGGUAUGGCUCUGUCAGAAUCGGAUUGCCAUCUGGCCAUACAGCAGAUACAAGACUUUCACAUGGAUGAGCGGCAUUGGUCCGAUAUUGGCUACAGCUAUGCAAUUUGCGGUGAUGGCAAUGUAUACGAGGGCCGCGGUGCCAAUGUGGUCGCAGCUCAUGCGCCUCACUACAACAAUCGCAGCAUUGGACUGCUGCUAAUAGGCGAUUUUACCGAAGCACUGCCACCGUCCAACAUGUUGGAAGUGGCGCUGGAUUUUAUACAGUUCUCUGUGGAUUGCGGCUUUUUGCGUGAGGAUUACAUUUUAUAUGGGCAUCGGCAAGUGCGCAAUGGCACCAUCUGUCCAGGCGAUGCACUGUAUGCCGCGAUACAGAAGUGGCCGCAUUGGCAAGAGGAUGUGGAAGACAUAGCUUACUUGUAGAGUGUGGGUGCGAGCGAACCCAGUGAACAAAGUAAUUGCCGCAGGAUUAAAGUAGCGACCCUUGCAGUAUUAAAAAUAAAAAUAAAAAAGUACAAAUAAAUUGUAAUAUUUUUUAAUGCAAAAAUUAAAUUUAAUG